UGCUGAUAAGUACAGCAUGAGCUUUUCUUAACUCCGCAGCCGCAUCAUUCAUACAAAGGACAUGUAUGUUAUGAUGGAUGGCAAAUUCCCCUGCCAGCUGAUUGCUUUUGUGUCUUGAUUGUGCCAUGAUCUUUGGCUUUACUUUGCACUCUCUGUUCGCACCUCUUUGCUCUUUCUGAGUCUAUUUUUAGAAUAGAGUCCUUUUCUCCUGUUUGUUGCGGUGACUUGUCUUCUCUUAUUGUCUCAGUGAUUUUGUUCUGCUUUUGUUUGCAUAAUAGACCCAGCGCAGGUGUUUUGGAGCUCUGAAAGACUACAGGAUGGCACAGAAGAUUGAUUUUAAUGCGCUCAAAGCGCGCACUAUGGGGUCCGGGGAUGACGAGGAAGCAGUCACCGUUGACACGCGCGGGCUGAUUUCCAAGGUUCUGGCACGGUAUUCGGGGAAAUGGACGGUCUUGCGGGAGAUGAUCCAAAAUGCCGCCGAUGCCAAUGCUACAAAAGUCACGGUCAGAUUCGAAACUCUACCCUCGAUGACGGUUCCCUUGCCUUCUGCUGCCGACAGCACGACUAUGAUAAAGCACACGAUAUCUCACCAUACUCUCAGACGCCUCUUGAUCUCCAAUAAUGGUCUUCCCUUCAGUGAGAAGGACUGGGCGAGACUUAAGCGUAUCGCGGACGGCAACCCGGAUGAGACGAAGAUUGGAGCCUUUGGAGUCGGAUUCUACAGCGUUUUUGAUGACUGCGAGGAACCGUUUGUAUCUUCAGGAAAAGAUGCUAUGGCCUUUUACUGGAAAGGCAAUGCGCUCUUUACUCGUCGCUUACAACUGAACGAGAAGGCAAACCCUGAGACGACCUUUGUCCUGGAUUAUCGGAAUGAUACGAGCCCCAUUCCGUCCCUAAUGCAGCUAUGUCAGUUCCUGUCCAGCAGUCUGACAUUCGUCAGCCUAGAAUGCAUAGAGCUAUGGCUUGAUGACUGGAAUGUUCUUCGCCUCUGCAAGAAAACCGCCCCCAGCCUUAGUCUCACUCUUCCGCGGGAUAUUGAGACAAAAACGCAGGAUGGUCUAAUGAAGGUUACAGCCGUUACGCGAGAGGUCGCCCAGGUUGAUGCCCAUUGGAUGCAGGUUGUUGAAUGGAAUCCAAAUGGAAGCUUACUCCGCGACGGGAUCCGGGACACCACGGUUUCCUUGCGGGGCUUCUUAUCCAGGCUCACUCUCCAGGGUGUCUCGGACAAGCCAGUGAGCAGCGAAAAGAAGGACCAUCCCGGUAACAAUGGGGAUUUGACAAAGAUGUCAAUGGCCUCUGUGUUCUUGCACAUUAACACUGCGAGCAUUCAGGCUUCGAUCAGUCAGUCUUUAAGUAACGAAUUAGAACGAGCUACUCGAAAGCCUCCGCCUAAGAAAACCUCCCUCUCCGUCUUAACACCUUCAUAUGAUACAAGCAUGGCCUCGGCGGCGUCGGGAUCGCAGCCCGAGUUUCUGUCAUCCAUCCUUCCUUCCAAGGGUGGCCGAGUCUUCAUUGGUUUCCCUACACACCAAACGACUGGCCUCAACGCCCAUAUCUCGGCCCCUUCAGUAAUCCCAACCGUUGAGCGCGAGAGCAUCGACCUAAAUACUAGAUAUAUCAGCAGAUGGAAUAUGGAGAUGCUGAGAGCGGCGGGUAUAGUCUGCCGAGUUGCCUGGUCUGCGGAGAUGGCCUCCAUCAAGUCAAGCAUCCUUUCAGCGAAAGACCCGGCAAGGCGGUCGAAAAUUCGAAAGGACGACAUUAUGAGUGUGAUCCCAGAGGCCAUCCAUGCAGCGAAUCAGUUCGUAUUCCGCGAGUCUACACCCUCGUCAUUACUCGGACAGACGAUGGAGGAUGCUUUUUGGACUUGCAAUAAAAAUGCAGCUAUCGAGGUGUUGUCUACGUGCGGUAUCGUUCAAAACCAUGAGGCGCGAAUUGCGUCAAAAGAUUUGAACUUUAUAGACUCUAUUCCUGUCCUGCCAGAUGAGUUUGUGGAGGGAGCGAAAGAGUUCGUCAAAAAAUUGACCGUUCUAGGGCUGGUAAAUGAGGUCACAGUAUCUGACAUUAAGCGUGAACUGGAGGCCAGCACUCUCCGCUCCCAUCAGAUCACCGAGUUUCUGGCAUGGUUAGGUCGAAGGGCUCUGACAGGGCAACUCGACCCCCAUUCUGUGAAGAGUCUUCUCACCGUUGCAGUAGCGAAUACAGAAGACGAAAAUGGCAACACGACCGGUUUGAUCGUUUUUUCAGGCAUCACCUCUUUCCUGAACCCGCAGCGGAUUCCUGCAGAUCUACCAUUGCCACCAACUGUAAUCCCUUUCAAAUACACCAAAACCCUCGCAAAGCAAGAACUAGAAGCUUUUGACUGGAUAGAAUUACCACUUGUCCCUUGGGUCCGCUGGCUCGUUAGCAACGCUGCAAAUCGAGACGUCCUUCCUGUGGAUCAUGAUAUUACCCAAACUCCCUCAUUCUCGACACAGGUGCUCCCGGUUCUAUCAAAACAAUGGGAGAGCCUCAGUCCGAACUACAAACAACUCUUGGUUGAUCAGUUACAGCCGCAUACCGUCAUUCCAACCAGAGUCGGGAUGAAACGACCGGCAGAAACAUAUUUCCCUUCUGUUCGCCUGUUUGAUGAUCUCCCCGUCGUCCACGGCGUACAGGGAGUGAAAGAAAAGUUUCUGGCCGCUCUGGGCGUACGGAAGACCGUUGAACUUGGUGUGAUCUUUGAACGUCUUCUGAAUGCACCGGAGCCGUCUGACGGAAACAGUUCCGGCCGGAGAAAAUGGAGCCAUGUUGACUUAAUACGUUAUCUGGCCUCCGUGAGCAAUGACAUUCCCACAAAUGAUAUCAAAAGGCUCAAGGACACUAGUUUCUGCAUGGCCGAGUUGAGCACCAGUCCGAAUGGUUCCAAGACACCUAGCCAGAAACGCUAUAAGGUCCUCGACCUCUUUGAGCCCAACGACGCUCUCAGGGUCCUGGGACUUCCGUUACUUGAGUGGCCCGGAAAGUAUCUGCCGAACAGCAACGAAGGCCAAUUCUUGACCAGGUUAGGCCUUCGAGGCUUUCCGACAGCCGCCGAGGUAAUACAGGUCAUGGCAAAAGCAGCUUCUUCAAAUAACUGGACUCUGCACGGAAAAGCCCUUUCGUAUUUCCUUGCGGAAUACGAUGCUAAUGGCUAUGGCACGUUCGACUACAACAAAGUUACCGAACCAUUCCUGCCAAUCGAAAAACCAGAUCCUGGUCUUUUCGGUGAGAAUACAACUAGCCCACAUGCAGCUAUGCUCGGCGUGCCAGCUGAAGGGCUUUAUGAUGUUAGCCUUCCGGGUAAAUGUUUCACAGAUCCAGGGGCUGCCUUGUUCGGUUUUAGGAUUCUUCGCGGGGACCUACACCGUCACGCGUCGAAGCUAGGUGUAAAACAACAUCCUAGGCUCCCCGACUGCCUUGAUGUUGUCAUCCAAAAUCCACCAUCGACAAAACGAGAUGCAAGAGUAAUUUUCCGAUAUCUGGCUGGAAGAGCCUCGGAACUCACGACACGAGAUAUGGGCCGUGUUAGCAGGGCUGAAAUCGUGCCAGUAUCCACAACUGAUGAAGUUGCCAAAGGUCAACCCCCACAUCGCGUGGCACCCAAGUUUUGCUAUCUUGGAGAGGGUGAGGAUUAUAAAGAUAUCUUCGAUUUCGUGGAUUUUGGACAUGAAGCAAACCUCUUUCUCAUGGCAGUAGGAUCGAAGAGAGAGCCAACCAAAAUCGAGCUCGCCCAGAUGGUGGUUAAGGAGCCAGCCAGGAUAUCCUCUACGUUCCAAAGUGCAGAUAAAUACCUCAAAUUGUUGAGGACACUUGCUGAAGACCUUUCUACUCUCAAAAAGAACAAAGAGCUUCUUCAAGAAAUGAAAAGAUCCGCUUUUUUGUUGGCAAGUAAGGACAUCACCUCAGCCGCCAAGGAAAAGACUGAGAAGCCCACGAAAGAGCGCAUCAUUAAAUCUGGUGAAGAGGAAGAGGAGGAGGAGGAUGAUGAUGAGACUGGAGAGGAAAGCAUCAGGGAAUGGACAUUAACGGCGGCAAAGGAUGUGGUCGUUGUCGACGACAUCCAGAGCUUCAUUCUCUUCAAGGAACACGUUCUUGCGGCUCCCCAGGAAGAGGUGCUAGAAAAUUUCUACAUCGCUCUAGGUGCAGUCCCUCUGAGUCGUCUUGUGGAAGAACGAGCACACUGGGGAGCAAUAGCUGCUGACCAACGCCCUGCAUCCAAAUUGCUGAAAUUGAUCAAUGAACGUACAAGGCUUUUCCUCCACGACCAUCCACGAGAUACAAUCCAGCACGAUAGCCGAUGGGUGGAGAAUCACCUUCAGGUCCAGGUUGUUCAAUCCGUCGCCAUUACACGAUCACUCAAAGAUCGCCGCAUCUCUUACAAACAAGAACGGAGGGCUAUAGUGACCGAAUUAUCCAAAACCUGGGUCAUGCGAAUAUGCCCUGGUAGGUAUGACUUCUAUGAAAUCAGUCAAGCUCUUUCACAUCUCAUUCUUUCGCGACCCAAGCUUCACUCAACUUUGACGCUAGAAAUGCUGUUGAAAACCGAUCUGUUGGAGCUAAGAGCUCGGGGGUACAAUGUGGAACGCAUUCUCAGGCAGAAGGCUCAGGAAGCCAAGAUUGCGGAAGACCGGCGUCAGAAACAGUUAGAAGAAGAGCGCAAGCGCCUUCAGGAGAAGGAAGAUACAUGGAUGAAGGAACAGGCUCAUGGUCAGGUACCGGAACAGCAUGCUCAACCUGCAAUGCCCGGUGUCUUUCCGGACUCUCCUUCGAAUAAGAGCAUUGGCUCUUCCUCCCCACAAGACGGAUCAGAGCGCGCCCAGGAGAAGCGUCGAGGUCUGUUUUCCAAUUUUACCCGACAUUUCAAGGACGGAAACCGAUCAUCUUGGAACCCUUUCAGCGAGAUUUCACCUCCGUCUACCUCUUCUAGCCCUCCUCCCGCUCCUCCUCCUGGAGAGCCGAAAACCCCUCUCCCCGAAGCCCCCGUGACUGUCGGCUCACCCCUUGAGCUUCAGAAGAAAUUGAUGUCCGCUGUUCAGUCCAGCCGUCCGCACGGUGCGUCUGGGGUCUUCUCGCGACCUCAGACGAAUCAAAUCGCAGAUAUGAAGUCUUAUUGUGACGAGAAACCCGGGCAUGAUCUAGAGUUUGUAGCCAAUCUCCCCUGUCGACUUAAUGUUCUGUUUUCCAAAACUGUUCCGGACAGAAGUGCGUUCCUAGCGAAGAAUUUUGCCGGCAUGAACAUAUUUGGGUCGAUUCUGAUUGAUUGUGCGGAUGUUUUCUCUUUACGGUCUGAUAGCCUCAGCGUGUUCUACGAGCCAGGAUCCAAGACCAUCGCUUUCAAUCGCUCAGGCAGCAUUUUCUGCAACUACCAUUUUUUCCAGCAGCUACACGAGGCAGAACUGAUCAAGACCCCAUCGGGAAGUCGCGGCGACGCUAUGACUUACUGGUGGGUGAUUCUAUGUCACGAGUUGGCACAUAACCUGGUUGGAGACCACAGCUCUGCCCAUAGCUUCUAUAGUGAGGGUUUCGUCACCCAAUACUUCCCCAAGAUGGCGGCUAAAAUCGCUGCCGUAUGUGCACAACCUGGUACUCAAGCCAGUACACAAGGCCAGGGAUCAAGUCAGUAAUGUCACAUCCACCCAUUCUUGAGACGGGGAUCAGACCAAUGCACCCAUAACGUGCGUGGUUUGAUAUAUAUUGCAAUAUCUUCCACUAUCACUGUUCGCAUUUUCCCCCUUUCUUUCUUUCUUGCUUUCUUUCUUUCUUUCUUUCUUUCAUAUAUAGAUAGAUGAGCGGCUAGCAUGAAUGUAAAUGAAUUGGGUUCUAU